AUGGGAAUUUCUUCACCUUUAUUGGAACAGAUAAAAAAAAUGGAUUUUUAUCAACCAACUGCAAUUCAGGCUACAGCACUCCCAGUUACUUUAGAAGUUUCAAUGAUUCAAAGUAUUAUGGAAUUAAAAAAAUUAAUAGCAAUGGAUUAUAACACACCUUUAGGAGUAAUUUUAGUACCUACUAGAGAACUUGCAAUUCAAGUGGGGAUGGUAGCGCAUAAAAUGUCAGCAGAUUUAGGAAUUGAAUGUUUAACAUUAGUAGGAGGGAAAACAAAGCAAAUGUUGCUUAAUCCAAUAAAAAGGACUGUUGAUAUUUUAAUUAGCACUCCUGGAGUACUUAGUAAAAUGAUAACAACUAAAAUAUAUUCAUUACAUUUAUGUAAGCAUUUUGUAUUAGAUGAAACUGAUACUUUAUUCGAUGAUAGUUUUUUACCUAAAAUUAAGUACAUCAUCAAUAAAUCUAAGAUCAUGUUUAAAACAGAUGAUGAAUCAAUUUUAACAAGUGAUAAAUGCCAGCUUUAUUUAACCAGUGCCACAAUGCCAAGAAAUUUAAAUGACACAUUGGCUAAUAUAAUUACACCUGAAGAAAUAAUAAAGAUAUCAACAAAUUAUUUGCAUAAAAUCCAAUCUCACAUACCACAAGAGUUUAAAAGAGUUGGUAAAGGAAAUAAACCUGAGGCAUUAUUAAAAAUAAUAAAAAAAAAUGCAAAACUUAAUAUUCCUACAAUGAUAUUUUGUAAUAAAACAUCAACGGUUAAAUGGGUGAAUAUAUUUUUAAAUGAAAAUAAUAUUCAAUCAAGAGAAAUUCAUGCUGACAUGAACCAUGAAAAACGAUUACAACUAUAUCAAGAUUUCAAAGAAGGGCUUUAUAAUAUUAUUUGCUGUACUGAUAUUGCAUCUAGAGGCCUUGAUUGCACACAUGUGAAACAUGUUAUAAACUACGAUUUUCCAAAAUUUAUAGCAGAUUACAUACACAGAUGCGGAAGGACUGGCAGAAUAGGACAUGAUCAAGGUUGUUGUAUAACAAAUUUCAUAUCACUAGCUUCAGAAAUUCCUUUACUUCAAGAUAUAGAAAAAUCUGUCAGAACUUCUGUUCCUUUUCAUAAUGUUAAUAACAACAUAACCAGAAUUUUAAAAUACAAAGGAACUAAUUAA